ACUAACAUCAGUCGUUUGUAAACUUUCUUGCCAAUCGUAUCAUCAUAAAUCUAUAACGCUUUUUUAAUAAAUUAUCCAAUAUUUAUUUUUAAUCAUUUUCACAACGUUCAUCAGCAGCAGCAUCAAUAUGAAAUUAAAUUGGCAUUUAUUUUUUGCGGCCGCCAUCAUAAUAGUACAAGAAAAUUUAUGUGUACCCGCCAUACGCCCCUUAUCCAACCAGCGUCGCAUAAUUUUUCCCGAAGACAAUUGGGAUGAUUGUUUUCUAGACAAAGAAUCCACUCAACCGGGCAUGUGUAAGUCGCUAGAACAGUGUCCCGAAAUAUUGAAGAAAUGGGACAAUGAAAACGUUUAUCCCAAAACCUGUUAUUUUAUCAAAAAAGAACAAUUUGUUUGUUGUCCCAUUGCAACGGCUAAAGAGGUCUCUACUACCACUAAGACGCCGUUUAGUAUUUUUCACGAUGUAUUUAAUACGGAUCCCGGUUUAGUUACUAAAAAGCCCAAAGUGGAAACAACUACUGUUAAAAGGCCGUCCAAUAUAUUUUUAGAUAAUUUAACUACCAAACCCACUCCGAAGAGACCUUCAAAUAUUUUUCUUGAUAAAGUGACAGCUGCAGAUAAAACAACCACCAAGACACCUUCAGUUGUAUUACCCGAUAUUUUUAAUACCGAAAAACCUAUUAAUAAUAAAAGACGUAAUGAAAUAGAAUGCGAUUUACAAAAUUCCGAUAUUAAUGGAGAAUCUGCUCAAUUAAGUGAAUUUCCUUUUAUGGCUGCUUUGGGCUUCAAAUCUAGAGGCGAUAAUAAAAUUUGGUAUCCCUGUAAUGGCGUAUUAGUAUCCUCGAGAUAUAUUUUAACAGCAGCCCACUGUGCCGAAAUAGGAGGAGAAAAACCUUCAUUUGUGCAAUUGGGAUUACCUAAUCUGAGAGAAACGGAAGAAGGUUCUAUUAAAAUUAAGCAAAUCAUUAAGCAUCAAAGCUAUGAAGACAGUAAGGCCAUCUAUAAUGAUAUAGCUUUAGUGGAAUUGGAUCAAGAAGUAAAUAAUCGUCCAGUUUGUUUAUGGUCCUUGACCGAUAUACCCAUCACAAAACUCACCUCCUUGGGCUAUGGGCACUCACGUUUAGAUGGCUUAGGUCCUAAUGAAUUAAUAAAAUCACCUUUGACUACUAUAGAAAAUGCUGAAUGCCAAGAAUACUAUAAUCUGGAUGAUAAAUUUGAAAAUAUGUAUAUUGGAGAUGAUCAUGUAUGUGCCGGUGAAAAGAAACAACUCCAUGAAUCUUGCCAGAGUGAGACAGGGGGUUCUUUAAUAAUGGAAUUGGACAAAGUAUUCUAUGUCGUGGGUAUAAGUUCAUAUGGCUUGGGUUGUGCCGAUCUACCACCCUCGAUCUAUACUAGAGUCUCUUCGUUUAUCGAUUGGAUUGAACAAAUUGUUUGGCCAGAAAUUGAUGUAAGAUUUGAUAGAAAAUAAGUGAAAUUUUUAGUUUUAUUUAUUCACCUUUAUAAUAUUUCAAAAUAAUAUUAACUUUUUAUAAAAAAAAGAGUAUUUAAUAGAUUUAAAUGAUAUAUAUUAUAUAUUUAACGAACAUAAUGAAUAUAACAUUCAGAAAUAAAUUUAGCAGCAUUA